UCGACACGAGGCAGCUCUUCCAUGCGGCGAGUGCCACCUCGGCCUAAGCGCCGCCCCUCCAAUCGAGGCUCGUGCGCUGCCUCCACCCUGCGCCGGCUGCGAGUAUAUAUAUAAAGAGGACCCCGCCAUCUCCUUCUCUCUUCCCCAUCUCUCCCCACAGCCAGCUCCCGGGCUACAAUCCGGUCAAACCCCUCCUGUCAUAUAUCUGUCUCAUAGCAACAUGUUUCCUUACACCCGCCCUGCCCAUGUCCAUUCCCCGUCCUUCUGUCCUGAUCCAUGUCAGCCAUUCCUCUCAUCCGACGCUGCCUACGAACAGGCUUUCGACGAAGAGAUACAGGGUAUCCUAUGGAGGAUGAAGUGCUCCAAGGGCUCCGGCGAGGAGCUGUCUACUUUGCCGCUUCCUCUACCCGACACUACCUCCUCUCCUUUCCAGUUCUCUCCCCUCCUCUCCCGUCGGCCCACCUUCUGGCAUGUCGAGCCCAGCCCUUCCCAGCCCACCAGUGAUAUUUUCAACAUCUCUGCCGAAGUCGACGCAUUUCUCGAUAUCAUCGAGGAUGACGCCAGCCCCACCCCGUACUGGGGAGCUAUCGAAGCAGGGGCUCUCUCCACCCGCUCUCAGCCACUUGUGCCUUGUCUCGUGUCUUCCUCGUCUCGUGCGGAGGCCAUGCCUACAUGUAAUCGCCGCCACUCUAGCGCUCACGUCAACCCACCCCACCUUGGUCCCAGCCCGAGCUUUGUUUCCAUACCUGCUCCUUCUUCUUCCUUCGAUCGCUCUCGCACCGUCCCGCAUAAUCAUUCGAGGACAAUCUACAGCUCUAUCCAGGCCCCGCUGGGUGACAGGUCCUUCCCGAAAGGUCGGCGGUUCUCAGCCCCGGAUAUCAGCAAUGAUGUUCUCUGGGGAGCAUCAGGGGGUCUGACAGAGAAACCCAUCAAGAGAGGAGAGCUGAAGGUAAGGAAUGAACAGCAGGACGAACAAGUCAAGAAGGAGAGGAAGGGGAUGAAGGCGGCAGCUCUCGCGGCUGAGAAAGAGCGGGCCAGGGCGGAGAAGAUCCUGGAUUUGUCAUACGCCCCCCGAGAGAAACAAGGCCCUGAACAGGGGAAGGAUAAGGCCGCUAAUGUCACCAAGCGCCUUGUUGAUUCCGAGCACUCCGCCCCUCCAAAGACUGUUAGCGUCACUGUGAAGCUUCCGGUCGUCAGAGAGACUAAAGGUUGUUUGAAUCUGGGAAGCAAACAGACUAGCUCUGGGACUAGUCAGCAGUCCAAAAAAGUCACUGCAAAGCCCCUUGCCACCUUACACCCCCCAUCACCUUCACCCUUCUUCGCUCCAAAUACCAAUGAAUCGUCUCAAAAAAAGCGCCACCGUCCAAAGUCUGCCGAGAGGGAGAUCGAGGACGAAAGCAAAUCCCAGCCUCCUGGGAAGAAGCCAAAGGGCUAUGGCACCUUGGACAGGGGCAAAAAGGGUGUACCUGUUGCAGACGUGAUACGGUACUCUGCUGAGGAAGAUCAAAUGAUUCUCCAAUCAUGGGACGGCCGACCGCCUCUCUCGGCGGAUACCCUUACGAGAAUGCAGACUUCUAUGGCCAUGAAAGGACAUCCUCCCAGAUCCAUUGCGGCUCUCAAGUAUCGUGUCCACCACAAUCUCAAGCCACAAUUCGACGAGAAGCGCCUGGCCUUGGCUGCCAAACGCGGUAGGCGAUAAUGGGCGCCCUCCCGUCACGACUCAUCACCUAUCAUCCAAUACGAACAUCAUAUGCCCAUUAAAGACUGCCGUCAUACACGCGCAAGCCUAUUGCAAUAGUCACCUAUGUUUCCUCACUCGCGUCUUAUCAAAGUUGUAUGAUCAUGUGGGUCGAGUAUCAUAAGCUCCUAAGGGAGUCCAAAGGACAAUCUUUUCCGCUUCGAUUCACAUGUUUCAUUUUACACCAUACUUCUGCCUAUGUCUGCUCGGUCAUACCACGUUUUUGUAUGCCCCACAUGCACAUAAAACCCCUCCGUCGCGUACGCGUCCGACUCAUACCGUCGCGUACGCGUCUUCUUUCGACUUCCAUGAGCGUUACGUAAAGCAUUGUCAUUCGCUCAGCAGAACGGAAUGCCGAAGAGUCGGUUGGUCUUGAUCUGCCCCC